UCCUAUAUAAACGCUUCACUCAACCCCUUCAGAUAUAUUCAAGCUUGUCUAACACAUACAGAAAGACAGAGAUAUAGCUAGAUAAAUCGAGAAGUUUUUUUUCCUUGCAAAAUAUGGCUCUUCUAUCUGCUCAUUGGACUCUUGUAUUUGGUCUGCUAGGUAACGUCGUCUCCUUUAUGGUAUUUCUUGCACCAAUACCAACAUUCGUCAAAGUUUACAAAAAGAAAUCAACCGAAGGGUUUCAAUCCGUUCCAUACGUGGUUGGAUUAUUCAGCUGCAUGUUAUGGAUCUACUAUGCAUUGCUCAAAUCCAACACUCUGCUUCUCAUCACCAUCAACUCAGUUGGCUGUGUGUUUCAAACCACUUACAUAUGUCUCUUCCUCUUUUAUGCCCCCAAGAAAGCCAGGAUCCAAACCUUGAAACUACUAGUUGCAAUGAACGUUGUUGGCUUUGGUCUGAUCGUUAUGCUUACUCAGUUUCUUACACAUGGAGCACUUAACCGUGUAUCAAUUGUCGGUUGGAUUUGCCUCGUCUUCUCUCUAUGCGUAUUUGUUGCACCCCUCGGCGUUGUGAGACAAGUGAUCCGAACCAAAAGCGUUGAGUACAUGCCGUUCCUUUUAUCUUUCUUUCUCACUUUAAGCGCUGUUAUGUGGUUCUUUUACGGCCUCCUACUCAAAGACUACAACAUUGCCGUUCCAAACGUGCUUGGAUUUACAUUCGGAAUCGUUCAGAUGGUGUUGUACAUGAUGUACAAAAACACAAAGAAAGUAUUGGCCAAGGACGCAAAACUUCCAGAAUUAUUUAAAGACGCGGAAGUAAUUAUAAUCGAUGACAAGAAACUACCGGAACUGAAAGAAACGAUAAUGAAUGUGAUGAGGCUUAGCGAAAUAGUGUGUUCGGAGAUGAAACCGGCCGCCAAAAAUAUGGACGAUGAGAAGGAGCUUGAUAUGAUUCAAGUUCAAGUGGUGCCAAACAAAUCCAUGACAGCACUUGCUUGACUGUAAAAUGUUCUGUUAAAAUUGCACUCCUGUAGUUUACUUAAAUUGUUCUGUUGUAUGUGGUCUAGCUAGUUUCAUUCUAUGCCAAUUGAUUAUGUUCCACACC